GGUGCGCUGGCGGCCGGGUGCGUCGCAGGAAAUGACUUAAAGGCCUUACAAACACAUCUGUUCAUUCUUGCUUCAGACAUUAUAGUCGGGAGCCAACCCAGCCUGGAAGCACCUCAUAUUAAUGCUACAAGGAAACUGCUACCUCAGCAAACAAAAGGAAAAGAAGACUUACAAUACAAAUGCCAAUUUUUAAAAAGGUUGUUCUCGGAAUACAAAGGCAAUUCAAAAAAAUUUUUUAACUUAAAAAGCAUAGCAGGUAAAUGGAUUUGGCAGGCGGGCUCUGUCAGAGUUCUUCAGGUUCUUCUCAAGGACUUAGUGCAAAGUAAUUCUGUACUGCUUUUUAAAUUGCUGUUGAUCAGCAUGUGGGUUUUGGGGUUAUAACUUUUCUGGUCUAUUGAAGAUACCUUAUAUUACGUUGCAGUAUCUUAUUUUACAUUUUUAAAAGUUAAGUUAUUUUUCUGCCACUGUAUAUAGGAGUAUCAAAAUAUUCUUGCAAACAAGUACAGACAACUUUUUCUUGGAAAGUAUCUUUUUAUUAAGAGUGGAAUGCUAGACAGUUCUUAUACAGCAUUUUUCUUAUACACCUUUAUUUUUUGUCAGCGGCCCUGUCUGUAAUUAAAAUACAAAUUAUAUAAAACUGUUGUCCUCUUCACGUCCACAUUGGAUCCCAUGGUCCCCUCCCUCAUGGAAAUGCCUUUUUCAAAACGUAGGUUUGCAGAACUCCACUAUUUUUAUACCUAGCCACAGUUUUGGAAAAAGCCUCAAAACCCUGACCAACACACCGACCGUGGGACAACUUCUCCACUCGCAUGUAUUGCUGCAGUGCCCAGGACAGUAAAAUGGACUACAAGCGGCGCUUCCUGCUUGGCGGGUCCAAGCAGAAGGUGCAGCAGCACCAGCAGUACCCAAUGCCUGAGCUGAGCCGAGCAUUGAGUGCUUCCCUGGCAUCUACGACGCCCCCCCCCUUGAGCAGUCUAACUGCUGCAGGCAGCUGCCACCAUGCCAUGGCCCACUCCACGCCCAUCGCUGAUAUCCAACAGGGCAUCUCCAAAUAUCUGGACGCCCUCAAUGUCUUCUGCCGUGCCAGUACUUUCCUCACGGACCUCUUCAGCACUGUGUUCAGGAACUCACACUACUCCAAGGCAGCCAUGCAGCUUAAAGAUGUCCAGGAACACGUCAUGGAAGCAGCCAGUCGACUAACUUCAGCCAUAAAGCCUGAGAUUGCCAAGAUGUUGAUGGAACUUAGUGCUGGGGCUGCAAACUUUACAGAUCAGAAGGAGUUCAGUGUCCAGGAUAUUGAGGUGUUGGGACGAUGUUUCUUGACAGUGGUGCAAGUGCAUUUCCAGUUUUUGACCCAGGCAUUACAGAAGGUCCAACCAGUGGCUCACUCUUGCUUUGCGGAGCUUAUUGUACCUGAGAAAAAGAACAGCAGCAGUGGCAGCAGCUUGCCUGGCAUGAGCCACACACCUGAACUGGAGGAAGCUGUGCAUUCCUGGCGGGGGGCUGCAGAGGCAACAUCUAGACUAAGAGAAAGAGGAUGUGAUGGCUGCCUGGCAGGAAUUGAAGUUCAGCAACUCUUCUGUUCUCAAAGUGCAGCAAUUCCUGACCACCAGCUGAAGGAACUGAACAUCAAAAUUGACAGUGCUUUGCAAGCAUAUAAGAUAGCUCUGGAAAGCUUAGGUCACUGUGAAUAUGCAAUGAAAGCUGGCUUCCACUUGAAUCCAAAGGCAAUUGAAGCAAGUUUACAGGGCUGCUGCAGUGAAGUGGAAGCCCACCAGACAGGGAGGAGGCAGACUCCCUCUCAGCCCAUGCAGUGUGAGCUCCCCACCGUCCCUGUGCAGAUAGGAUCGCACUUCCUGAAGGGUGUCUCCUUUAACGAGUCGGCCGCCGACAAUCUGAAACUUAAGACGCAUGCGAUGGUACAGCUGAUAAAGCAAGCAGGCUGCUGUAAUGGAAUCACACCCAGGGACGAUUUUCCUGUGACUGAAGUGCUGAACCAGGUGUGCCCAUCCGUGUGGCGGGGGGCCUGCAAGACUGCCGUGCAACUGCUGUUUGGCCAGGCUGGACUGGUAGUGGUUGACACGGCACAGAUUGAAAAUAAAGAAGCCUAUGCUCCCCAAAUCAGUUUAGAAGGCUCCAGAAUCGUGGUUCAAGUCCCUUCUACUUGGUGCCUGAAAGAAGACCCUGCUACCAUGUCUUUGCUGCAGAGAAGCCUUGAUCCUGAGAAGACCCUGGGCCUGGUGGACGUCCUCUACACGGCCGUGCUGGACCUAAACCGCUGGAGGGCUGGGAGGGAACAAGGUUUACCAUCUAUUCAGAUCCAGCUGCAAAGAGAGAUCUGUGACUUUGCAAAUCAGGCUGACCUACCUUCUGGGAAUGGAAACAAAUCUUCAGGCCUCCAGAAAACGUUCGCCAAACUGACGUCCCGGUUCACCAAGAAAGCUUCGUGCACUAGCUCGAGCAGCAACGCAAAUUAUUCCGUCCCAAAUACCCCUUCCAAAAAUCUCUUCAUAGCUGGGUGUUCAGAAGAGAAGGCCAAAAUGUCCAGUAAUAUGGAUAUGAGGCUACAAAGCAUUUUGAACAUUGGUAACUUCCCCAGAACUACUGAUCUUUCCCAGUCAGCUCAGAGUCCUGGUAACCAGUUGGCCAACGGCUGCCUCUUGGAGAGGCAGGAGAACUUUCUGCAUGGGGAGGAUGGCAAGGACGAGAAGGGUAUGAACUUACCCACCGAUCAGGAAAUGCAGGAGGUGAUCGAUUUCCUCUCGGGCUUUAACAUGGGCCAGUCCCACCAGGGCUCCCCAUUGACCACACGGCAUAACUCUGCUGCCACAGCUCUGCUAACUGAACGGAAGGCAGGUGCCGUGCCGCCACAACAGCCGCCACUGCCAGCACCCCCUCCGCGGCCCCCACAGGCUGGGGCACACACGCCUUUGACAUCCCAGCUGGGGCUGGCACCUCAGCAGCAGACCCCAAAGCAGCAGCAACUGCAGGUUCAAUACUACCAACACCUGCUCCAACCCAUUGGCCCUCAGCAGCCCCCACCCCAGUCUCGGGCACCUGGGAAAUGGGUACAAAGCUCAUCCCAGCAGCCAGCACAGCCUAUUGGAACGGGUCUGCCUCCUCUUGGCCAAUGGCCUGGCAUAUCUGAUCUCAGUUCUGACUUAUACAGCUUGGGUUUGGUGAGCAGCUAUAUGGAUAAUGUGAUGUCUGAGGUGUUGGGGCAGAAACCACAAGGACCUAGAAAUAACACAUGGCCAAACCGUGACCAAAGCGAUGGAGUCUUUGGAAUGUUGGGAGAGAUUCUGCCUUUUGAUCCUGCAGUGGGCUCAGACCCAGAGUUUGCUCGCUACGUGGCAGGAGUCAGCCAGGCAAUGCAGCAGAAGCGACAGGCCCAGCACGGUCGCCGCUCAGGCCACCCCCGGGGCCACUGGCCACCCAUGGAGGAUGGCCACCAAACCUGGCCUUUACCAGAGUUCUUCACAGAAGGGGAUGGUCUACCCACCAGCUGGUUGGGCGCUCAGGGAGACUCAGCCAGCUCGAGUGAUGAGACGUCCUCUGCCAACGGAGACAGCUUGUUCUCCAUGUUUUCAGGACCUGACCUCGUGGCUGCUGUCAAGCAGAGAAGGAAACACAGCAGUGGGGAACAGGAGACCACCACGUUGCCGUCACCACCUUUGCUUACUACCAUGGAGGAUGUGAACCAGGAUAACAAAACCAAAACGUGGCCACCCAAAGCACCCUGGCAACACUCGUCCCCACUGGCCAGCACACUGCCCAGUCCAAGCACACCUCUCUACACAGUGGCCAGCCCCAGCAGCCAGUGGAAUGACACCAUGCAGAUGCUGCAGUCUCCAGUGUGGGCUGCAACCAACGACUGCGGCGCCGCCUCCUUUCCCUAUGUGCAACCCCCACCACAGCCCCCACCCCCACCAGCACACAAGGCAGCACCCAAGGGCUUUAAGGCCUUCCCCGGGAAGGCUGAUCGCAGGCCAACCUAUUUGCCCCACUAUUGACCCAGCCUGUCCACCUGCCCAGAGCUGUUGGGACCAGUGCUCCUGUCCCAGGACUGGCUUGCUGACAGCACCUCCCCAGAUACUAGUGCACCUCUGUCCCAGUAGGGAUCCUUGGGGACUGAGGUGGUUGGCACCUUCAAGUCUUUCAAAUCCCGGCUUCUCAAAUUCUGGAGGCAUCAGACCCUGGAGAGCCAGCUGCAGAUGGAGCUGUCGGCCCCCUAGGGGAUGCUCGGAAAUCUGUGGGCUUCCUGAGCAUCGCAGGCAGUUAAGGCUACUGAAGAUACCUGUUGAGAAACACAGCUUUCGAGUUUUCCAUGCCACUGUAUGUGCAGGGUGGCUUUGGGCCAGAAAGGAGACAUGACCAUUCUUCCAAAACUCCCUCUUUGACUUGCUGAAUGGCCACAGCCCCAUCACUGGACUUGAUAGCGCUUUUUUACAGGUUAAGAUAUCUCCUGCCUAAAACACACCGAACAUUUGAAGAGAACAAAUGUUAUGGCUAGAGGUUUAUUGAACACUAUCUUUAGUCAAGCUUAGACAGAAUGGGCAAGUGAUAAAAUAUGGGUGGUCAGAAGCACACGUUUUCUGUAAGGGGCCGCCAGGAGAUGCAGUCUUUACCAGAUUGACAAAAGCCAGAUGGGAUCCCUGACGUUGGAGGCACAGUUCUGACAGCACUUGGAGCUGAGCCUGUCUGCUGCCAGAUGCACCUCCAGAUGUCCCGAGGCUGAGACAUAGCCCUCAGAGCGGGGCGGGCGACCUGGGGCUGCACCAUGACACCUGCACUUGAAAUAACAGUCCCAUUUUUUAACUGGUUCAGAGGGCAAACCAAUUUCAUAUGUAGAUAGGAAAUAAUUUAAAGUCUUUUCCUUCAAAACAAACAACCAACCUCAUUUUCAGUUAACACGUGCCAUUAAAUAGUUAAUUAACAUCCUGUGGAUUUGGGGAUAUUUUACAGCCAGAAUGGAUCCAGAAGAAUUGAAUGGUGCUUAAAUUGAGAAAUAAAUACAUAGACUAGACAUAUCCCACUGUAUAGUAAUUGAAGUUACAGAAAGUUCUUUAUAUAAAACUUAUUUAAAUUUUUCAUAUUUCAUCUUUGAAAAAAGUCUAGAAAAAUCCAUAAUAUUUUCUGGUAUGAAAGUUUGACAGUAUUAAUAUUUUUUAUAUUUUCUUAAAUCAUUAAGCCAUUUUAAUAUAUGUUAACUACUAAUAAAUGGUUUAUUCUUUCUAACUCCAUAUAAGCCUUUCCAGAAAAAAUUGUAAAAGACACAUUUAUGUUCUCAUUUUUCUACAAAUAUAAGUAAAUUUAUAUUUUAAAAUACCAAAAAUUAUCUAUAUAUGCACGUGUGUGUGUAUUCACACACACACAUCGCAAACACACAUACAUACACACAGAUUAUAGAGGACCCUUAGGAUGUCUGAGCCCAGCCACCUGAAUGUUUAGUCACAAGUUGCCAGGCUGUUCCCAGGCCUCAGGCGUUGUCUUUUGUGCUUUGUGGCGACUCCAUUGCUGCCUGACCUUAUACUGUCAGCGUAGGUUCUGAACACUCACCUCACCAUGUUUACAGAGAACUCUUUUGUACAUAGACUCUUUUCAGGCACAGCUUUGCACCAACCCUGCGUGGUUCAUGUGUUAGCUCUCACCGUGUGCACACUUCGCCCUCUGUUGAAGUUGUUUGUGGCGAUUUUACUUGUAAGAUAGUUUUCUACUUCCAUCGGUAACGUGUCCACAGUCCCCUGUAUUUCAAGUUCUAUUAUUCUGAAGUACUUCUGUUGUACUAGUGCCUCCGCAAAGACCUCCCUCGGGACUGAGGUCAGUCCUUGAUUCCCCAGCAUAGGUGACAACCCUCUCUUUCCAGUUUUCCUCAUAUCAAGACAGAGAUUUUGUAAUUGCAUCUCCAUGGGCUGUGAGACCAUGUGAAGCUGUUUAUGUGGUCUCCAUGUUGGUGCUGUGUUCUCGGCACCACCUUGCUCUGAACACUGGUAAUUCCAGGUGCUGCGCUCGGCGGAGGGGUCUUGCCAUAGCGUAUAUGUAUGUGUAUUCGAGUGUUGUGUGUCCUUGGCAUGGCCCGGCAUGGGUGCCUUGCUUGGGCAUCAACAGGACACCGUGUGGAUAGUUAACCGCUUCCAAACUGGAACUCUACAUUUUGUAUCUUACUUUUAAAGCUCCUAUAGUAAAAUAACUAUUGGAUUUAUUAAAAAUAUACAUUUAAUUAUA